AUGUCAAAGGGUGACACGGUUAAGGUUUUGGACUUUUGGGCAAGCCCAUUUUGUGCUAGAGUGAAAAUUGCUUUGGAAGAGAAAGGGGUGAGCCACGUGGAUAGUGAAGAGGAUUUGUUUGGUGGCAAGAGUGAGCUUCUGCUGAAGUCAAAUCCUAUUCAUCAAAGAGUUCCUGUGCUCUUGCACAAUCACAAACCUGUCGCUGAAUCUGCUAUCAUCGUUUCCUACAUUGAUGAGGUCUGGCCUUCCAACUCACUCCUCCCAACUUGUGCAUAUGAUCGUGCCCAAGCCAGAUUCUGGGCCGAUUACAUUGACAAAAAGGUAUUUGACACGGGCAGGAAUAUAUGGGGGAGCAAUGGAGAAGAGAGAGAAGUGGCGACAAGGGAUUUCAUUGAAGUUUUAAAGCAUCUAGAAGAAGCUCUUGGGGAGAAGAAGUACUUUGGUGGCGAUUCCUUUGGGUAUGUGGACAUCAUAGCCAUCGGUCAUUCUGCAUGGUUUUUGGCUUAUGAAAGGCUUGGGGGCUUCAAAGUUGAAAACCAUUCUCCAAAAAUCUCAGCUUGGAUUAAGAGGUGUUUGCAAAGGCAAUCUGUUGCGAAAGUUCUUCCUGACCCAGAAAAGGUUUACCAGUUUAUCCUUCAUUUCAGGAAGAUGGAAGGACUUGAUUAA